UGCGUCGGACAUAAGCGGCCGAAAGAGGAACUCGGAAGGCGACUCGUCACAGGAGCUGCUCGGGUUUGGGUGCAACUUUGCUGCUCAAGAGUUUUGUUUUUGAUUUAAUUAUUUCAGUUCAGUUAUUUCGUUUGGGGUGGGGUGGGGUGGGGGGAGUUUUGCACGGUUGCCUUCAUUUGCCAGCGUGGUCGCAUCCAGAGGAGGUUUAGUCAGAAGGUCAGAGAGGCGACGAGGAGAAAGUUCGAAGAUGGACCGCGACGGUUCCUCCUCCGGCGUGGACAGGACUUUCUGGACGGUUUGGUACUACAUAACCGAAGCUGUGAACAGAUUCUUCAACCCGGAGCCCGCCAACAUCCCCGCCAACAUCCCCGCCAACGUCCCCGCCAACAUCCCCGCCAACGUCCCCGCCAACGUCCCCGCCAACGUCCCCGCCAACGCCAGCGAGCGCGUCGACUCUGGUCCCACCGGAGGUGAUGCCGGCGCAAGGAUCGCCGACGAGGAGCGGCCUCCUGCGACAGCCUCUCUGCUGAGCUCAUCCCGGCCACUUGUUGCCUGGGAAUUUUGCACCACAGAAAUCGACUUAGGAGCUGAAGAAAACGUGGCACACGAAGCCCAGCCGAGCGGAGGCACACAGAGAAAAGCAUCCGGGCAAAGUGAGGGCGCGUGCGGAGGACACGUGGGAAAUGAGGAUGCCACGCGGCCGAUCGCAGAUAAAGACGAACGUGAAGAAAACGGGGAACGUACCUUGAGCGCCGGCGGGAGGGAUGAUGAUGAUGAUGAUGAUGAUGGUGGUGGUGGUCAUGGGGAACAUGCAAACACCAGGUGGCUAAAACGCACAGGUGAUGCAAUGAGUGACGACGUGGAGGAAAGUGGGAGAGAAGCCGGAGACAAAGAGGAGACAAAGAGGGCAGUGACACCGGAGCAUUUUGAAGAGAUGGGUGAAGCCGUGAGAAAUAUCCAUGGAAAGGAAGCAGAAAAUAAAAUGGAGCACAAAGAUGAAAAAGGUUUACAGAACACAGACAUCGGGGUAAAUAUAUGUCCGAUCACAGAUUUGAGUGCAGAAGAAGGGGAUGAGGUGCAUGUGCAUGAAGCGGAGUCAACGGAGACGCAUGAGGAAGUAGAAGAUGGUGACGGUGUACCAGAGAUGGCCUGUAUCAAGUCUGACGAAGGAGCAAAACCAUUUGAAAUCCAACAGGACUUCAGGGGAGAUGCAGAGUUCACCUCACUGCACGUCGAUCUACAAACGGCCCGCGACAAUAGCGACAUCAAGUCCGAGGAUGAGUCAUACGCUGUUGAGGGCGAUAGCAUUGAGAAGGCGAAGGAGGCGGAUGCUGUCAUUGAGGAGGAAUAUGAGAAAGAGGACUCAAACCACCGCACAACAGAGCCGGAGGACGCCGUCGAAACCCUCGCUGGAGAAAGUGAAAGAGAAGACGUAUUGACUGAGGAUGUUCCACGCUGUGAAGAAGUCGUGCAGAAUGCUGAACCGGAGCCGCGGGCGGCUGACUUCCCGGACGCAGGACAAGUGGAUGUGGCUCCGAACGCUGACGUGCAAACCGAAAGCAGAGAGGUGGGUGAAGACGAGACAGAAGACAUGGUGGUCAAAUCUGAUGGGACAACAACGCAAACCUCAGUAGGCGCGGGACUUUUUGAAAAAGAUAAAGUAGAAGAAGAGAGGCUCCUCGGUGAAGAAGGCAAAGAAAGUUUCAUGGACGUGGCAGGUACACUUAACGCCGUUACGGUAGAAUCCGAAGGCGAGACUGCGCAGGAAAUGGCAGCAGCGAUUAAGGAUUGUCCCACGGGGAAAUUUGAAGGCCGGCUCGCUGUCUCGGCGCUCAACUUUCCAUCGUGUGAGGAAACACAAAAGGGAAUUCCUGAGUAUAACAAUGUGCCAGGGCCAGAUGGAAAUACAACACAAGUGCUCCUGGAGGAAGGAGAUUGUGAGGACGCCCAGGGCGAGGUGGGGAGCAAAGCGCCAGAGAGCCUUCAAAACAGUGGCUGUGGAACCGGUGCUGACUAUUUAGUGGUGAUUGAGCAUAUGGAAGAGGAGCAAGAGAGCAUGCGAGAUGCUGGAUUGCCUGAAGAAACAGAGAAACCGCACCAAGCAGUAACCCGAGAAUCUGGACACUUAAUUGAGGAAGAGGAAGGAGAAUCUUUGGUUGAUUGUAUGAAGACGGCCAUCGAACACACAGAAAAGGAAUUUGAGAUGCGCAUUGGCCCAACAGACACGAUCAAUAAGGCGGAAAACGAGCCCCAAGAUGGGUUGGAAGAGAUUUUAAUUGACUUAGAAAUAGACGAAGGGUCAUGUGAUCCCAAAGGCAGCAGCAGGACGACAGGAGCUUCAGCAUCAGAGGAAACUUUCCUCAAGGCUGAAGAGCAGAAGAUGACAGAGACUAGCUCCUGUCACGUAGGUGAGCUGACCUCCGAGCAGAACAGAAACAUGGCUCCUAGUUCACUGGAAGACAUAACUGAAUCUGGAUGCUUGAAACGGCACGAUGAGACUGAGGCUGAACUACUUGAAGAUGUAAAAAGACAGGAAGCUGAUGUGAAAGAAGCAGCUAGGGAAGUUGAGCAGGUGGUUGCAGCAGAAGAUGAGAUGCAGAGCCAGAAUGAGAUGGAAUUGUCACAUCAGCAGGUCGAGGAACUUGCAGAAUCUGUUGGGUCACCGGAGAAGAGCAAUCUACAACCGGACGAAGCACUUGAGAUCAACGAUGAGACUUUAAGAGACUCUGAAGCGCCUGAGGAAUCAAAGACGGCAGAGUCCAAAGCAGAAGAUUUCACUUCAGGAGUGGACGAGCAGAGUUGUGCUGAAGAAACUGUCUCCUCAUCCAGCGGAUGUCAGGGUGUGGUCGAUGACGAGGUCCAACAACAAGUAGACCCGCGGACGGGAGAACUAACUGAGCCUUACGAUGAGGAGCAAGGGGAAAUAUCGUCACUGCAGACGGAGAAGGAUGAAGACCAGCUUGUGGAGUCAAAUUCAAGGGAAUCUGAAUUGCUGGGUCACACAGAAACGUCUUCCUCAACAGUAGAGACUGGAUUUGUUCACCAGUCCGGGUCAUUUCAAAGCCUAUAUGACACGUUGGCUAUUGUCUCAGGAUCAGCAGACAUCUCCGAGCUGUCUAGCCUACAACCCAACUGUGAUAUGCGGGACACGUUGAGAGAGGAAGCGGCUGAGACGGGGCAAACGGAUCUGAAGGAGAAGGAAGAAUUCGGAGGGGCAGGAUUUCACCCCGAUUUGGAAGUCCCCUCACCAGAGGCCAGACAUCAGGGAUCCGCUGAAACUGGAUCAGGGAAUGAGAUCGAUGCCGAGGCCUCCGACUGGAAAGACGACGGAGAAGUCGAAGCUCAGCCACAGACCGAAAGGAGUUUUCUUUACCAAUUUGAGAAAACCCCGACUGAAGAUGAGCCUCAAGAGUUGGCCGCGUCCGACUCUCCGGAUGAUAUUAAAGGCACAGAACCAGAACAAUCAAGAUCCGGCUCAGAGGCGUCGUUAGAGGAUGAAAUAGUGCCGACGGAAUCUCGCUCACAGAGCGACGUCUGCACUGAAUCCGAGAGGAAGCUGCCCUCAGUGGACAAACCCCAGCCCGGGUGGAAUGAAGGAGUUGCCAAGUCAUCCGUUGGGCUCAACAUGGCCGACGGGGCAGAACAUCCAGCGACAACGUCUGAAGAUCAGAUGGAGGUGGAGAGCUCUGCGCUUGACUUUACCGCGCAAAGGUCAAGAAUUUCUGUUAAAAACCCACAUGUACGGCCACCCAAAGAUGCCCGCUCCCUCCUAAAUAUGCCCUCAUUGGAUCCCACACCCUCCCCACACAUGUCUCCCAAAGUCCCUGUAGGUGGGCCUUUGGGAGGCUUGGGCUUUGGAAUAAAACUCCCUGGCCUUGGUGGGGGAUUUCCUGUUUUAAAAAAGACAAAGCUGGUUGGAAGAGAUGAAAAUAGUCCCGAGACCCUAUCACAGGAGACAAAGCCAGAAGAGAGGAGUGACACCGAAGAUGAGACCCAACACAAACCAAAAUGGAUGCCACCAAGACAUCCAGGAUUUGGAAAUCCACUUAUGUCCGAGUUGAAGACCAAACUGAAGAAAACCACAAAAGAGUGAGAAGAAGAUGAAUUGUGAUUAUUGUGUGAGUGAGAAUGUAAUAUGUAAAUUGAGAUAUUUUUGGAACUGAACACAGUGAUGAAAUGUACGUGCCUUGUCAUAAAGCUUAACUAAAGAGUG